ACAACAGAGUUUCUUUUGUAAUGAGGAAGGAUUACAGCAUCAAGUGACCGGCUGCAGCUCCCAAGCGGGUUUCAGGCUCCUUAGCACACCGUGUCUGUCAGAUUCAAUCCCCCCAUGAGCCAAGGGGGCACGAGGAGGCGGGACGUGGCGUGGGCCACAAAGGACCCAGCAAGGACACGUGCGGGACCAAACCUCCCAGCCUCCAGCACAGCUCAGGAGCCCAUGACUGAUCUGUGAUGACAGUGACAUACACCAACCGCGUGGCUGACGCCCGCCUAGGCACUUUCUCACAGCUCCUGCUCCAAUGGAAAGGAAGUAUCUACAAACUCCUCUACUCCGAGUUCCUUAUUUUCAUCUCUCUCUACUUCACCAUCAGUCUUGUCUACAGGCUGAUCUUGAACGAGAGCCAAAGGCUGAUGUUUGAGAAGCUGGCACUCUACUGCAACAGCUAUGCUGAGCUCAUCCCUGUGUCCUUUGUGCUGGGUUUCUACGUGGCUCUGGUGGUGUCCCGCUGGUGGGCUCAAUACGAGAGCAUCCCAUGGCCUGACCGCAUGAUGAACUUGGUCUCCUGCAAUGUGGAUGGAGAGGACGAGUAUGGGCGUCUCCUGCGCCGCACCCUCAUGCGCUACAGCAACCUGUGCAGUGUGCUGAUCUUACGCUCAGUCAGCACCGCUGUCUACAAGCGCUUCCCCAGCAUGGAGCAUGUCGUGAGGGCAGGCCUCAUGACACCAGAAGAGCACAAGAAGUUUGAGAGCUUGAAUUCGCCCCACAACAAGUUUUGGAUCCCGUGUGUGUGGUUCUCCAAUCUGGCUGUGAAGGCAAGAAAUGAUGGGAGGAUCCGGGACAGUGUGCUGCUCCAAGGCAUCCUGAAUGAGCUCAACACCUUGCGCAGCCAGUGUGGGCGGCUUUACGGGUAUGAUUGGAUCAGCAUCCCCCUGGUCUACACUCAGGUGGUGACCGUGGCUGUUUACAGCUUCUUCCUGGCUUGUCUGAUUGGGCGGCAGUUCCUGGAUCCAGAAAAAGCAUACCCUGGCCAUGAACUAGAUCUUUUUGUGCCUGUCUUUACGUUUCUGCAGUUCUUCUUCUACGCUGGCUGGUUAAAGGUGGCUGAACAACUCAUCAACCCUUUUGGGGAGGAUGAUGACGACUUUGAGACCAACUGGCUCAUUGACAGGAACCUGCAGGUCUCCCUUAUGGCAGUGGAUGAGAUGCAUCAGGAUUUACCCAUUUUGGAGAAGGACCUGUACUGGAAUGAGCCUGAUCCCCAGCCACCCUACACUGCAGCCACUGCCGAGUACAAGCGCCCAUCGUUCCUUGGCUCAACUUUUGAUAUUAGUAUGCAGAAAGAAGAGAUGGAGUUCCAGCCUCUGGAGCAAAUUAAAGAGAAUGAGGAAGCAAACCACUCCACACCAUUACUGGGACACCUGAGCCGCCUCCUUGGUGUCCAGUCCCCAAGCUUCUCCAGGUCCUCUUCCCGGAUGAACCUGCUGCGCAGGCGAGGAGACCCCACAUCCCCCUUCUCCCACUAUACCUACCAAGAUGUGGGCAAGCCUGGAAGCCCUUGCAGCAUCAAUCAGCCAAGGAGAGACUCCAGCUUACAGGAACAGUGGGACAGUGAAGACAGAAAACUAAGGGAGUUUGAUGCCUUCAUGUCAACCCCAUUUUAUGAGAGACCAGGCUUCUACAGUGCCCCACAGACACCAAUCAGUUCUAUCCCCAUGAUUUUCCCUUCUAGACGCCAAGGCCGCAAGAAGCCUCCUGCACUCUCCAGCAUUGCUGCAUGCUCGACCUCUCUUAGGGAUGUCAUUGUCAACUCCUCACCUUCCAGAGCCAGCGAUACAUACAAAAGCCAGAGUUCCCUUGGCUCAGGGGCGAAGGAAACAUUUAUUUGGCCAACAGAUCGGAGCAAAGGUCCUGACUCACAGGUUGUAACAGCAGAAGAAAAGAGUAACAGUAAAAGCAGAGAAGCUGCCACCACAGGAAGUCCAGGAGCUCAGUCCACAGCAUCAGACAGCCCUAAAUUCCCCUUCUUUGCAGAGUCCCCAGAGCAGGAGAAGCAGGGUAGCUUCAAGAGUCUGAAAAGCUUGAAAGCUUCUCACCCACCCUGGCUAACCCUGGAGAACACAGCAUCAGCCACUGCCAAUUCUGAGCAAUCAAGCACCUUCCACACCCCCAGUAACAAAACCCCUGGAGGCAGCACCUCCUUCUGCUUCUCAUUCACUCCCGUGACAUCUCCAGUGCUGCAGAGAUCCCACAUGGGGAACAUGGGCCCCGAUGCUUGCAGCCCAAGUUUAGAAGAUACAGCCAGUGCUCCAGAUCAGCAUUCAGCAGAGGUUUCCAGGACCACAAGAGAUCCUGGAAAUGGAAGCACUAACACUCUCUCUACAAAAGAGCCAAGGCGAGCAGAGAGUCCAUCCCCCAAUGACUCUGGCAUCUCUUUAGCUGAAGGUGACUAUGUGGGGGUGAUGGAGGUGAUCAUAGAGACCAGUGAAAGCACAUGUGAAGAGCAGAUAGACCAGUACAGCUAGAAAAGACCAAGAUGCACAGAGAGUUCUGGUGAGAUACCUGCCACAUUAGUGAUAUUGCAGUGUCUUUAUGCCAUGUCACGCUGGCACUUGCCCAGAUUGAAGAGCAGUGCAGCCGAAGCACCUCCUGGAACAUGCAGCCAGAGCCCAGACUAGGCUGAAGCCAGCACUGGCUACACACCACUACCAGCCUCAGGUAGAGCAGCAGGCACAACUUCACUGUCACAGCAAUAACUAAACAAAAACCCCUCUAUAUCUGCAGCAAGAGAACAAACAAAACUGAGUGCGAGGUAUUGCAGAUUCUCGACAGCAGCUCAGCAGACACCAGCCUGAAGAACCUGGCAGGC